GGGGAGGACGCCUCGUUGGGGGGGCGCGGCGCCCGGCUCCGGGAGUCUGGCUGGCGGUUUGCGGCCACUCCUUGAGUCCCGGCGAGCUCUUUCCCCCGUCUUCUAGGGACCCGGUUUCCCGGGAUGCCUUUGCUGGGGGCCCAGCGCGUGUUGGGGGUACCAUAUCAGAAGACUUCUUUCUUGGGGUCCUGGGAGAACCAGUUUGUGAGGGACCCGGGUAGACAGAUCUUCAGGCAUCUGGUUCCCUGGAGUCUUUCAAGGAGAAGGAUCCUGCUAGCAGUCCUGAGGGGUUCCAUGUGGGGCAACCCCUAAGGGUGAGGGGGGGAGCCUCUUUACUCGAGAGAUCUUUUCGUUGAGAAUUCUUGGUAUAGAGAGGUCUUUAGGAGGGGAAGGGAUUUCGAGGAUCCAGGUCUCCUCUUCCUCUAUGCCUUACUAAUUCAUCUUGCCUGUCUCUCAGACCUUCACGGGUGAGUGGAUUUCCACAUUCUGCUUUGGUUGGGGGCUGAUUCCGUCAACCCCAUGCCCACACCCUAGUCCCCCUUCCCGCUAAGAAAUAGGCCCCAGGUGUGAGCUGUGGGCUUCCAGGUGGUAGGUGUACUCUCGUCCUCCUGAGCACAGAGGCGGGUGUGGGGCUCCUUGCAGAAAUGUUUAAUACUAGCUCAGGUUUUUUAAGUGCACACUGGGUGCCAGUGCUUGUGCUUGGUGCUCUGUGAGGGUAACUUCAUUCACAGUAACUCUGUGAGGUCCCAGUGCCCCUUUAGCCCGUUUUACAGAUGUUGGCAGAUUUAUACUGUGUAUAAAGUGUUUAGUAACAGGCAUGGCAGGCAGUAAAUGUUCAAUUCAUCCGACAAAUAUUUAUCAGGAGUCCUGGGUCCUGUCUGCCCUUGACUUGCUGUGGCUCAGUCCUGGCUUCUAUGGAUUCUGAUUAUCCCUCUUUCAGGAGUCGCCUCCUUUGAUGGUCACCUGUGUUCAAGCAGCUGUACCUCCCUCCCUUGUUAAACCCUGGGUGGGACCUGCUGACGCUGCUGGGAGCCAGAGGGCUGCUGGCAUGCUGCAGCUUGCUUGUCAUGUUUAUUACACAGCCUCCAGGUCCUCAUUGGUCUAGAGGACUGAGAGGGGAACCCUCCUUCCAGCCUCAGCUGUGUCUUUUCAUCUUAUUUCAUCCAGUCAACACAGCGUCUGAUUUAGGGCUUGACUCUGGAACCCAGCCACCUGGAUUUAUAACUUCAUGUUGUUUCUAAGCAAGUCAUUAACCUCUCUGUGCUUCUGUUUCCUCUCCUGUAAAAUGAUGCCAGUCCUGGUACCUGUCUCAUCUGGUGUGGUUCUUGUGCCUGAGAGGAGACAAGGAAGGAAAAAGGCGUGUGCUAUGGUGACCAAGCAGGAGGUGGAGGCCAUUGGGCAGACUCUGGUGGACCCCCAGCAGCCCUUGCAAGCCCGGUUCCGGGCGCUCUUCACACUUAGAGGGCUUGGUGGCCUGGACGCCAUUGACUGGAUCAGCCGGGCCUUCAGUGAUGACUCUGUCCUGCUCAAGCAUGAGCUGGCCUACUGCUUGGGUCAGAUGCAGGACCGCCGGGCCAUCCCUGUGCUGGUAGAUGUGCUGCGGGACACCUGCCAGGAGCCCAUGGUGCGCCACGAAGCAGGGGAGGCCUUGGGGGCCAUCGGGGACCCAGAAGUUUUGGAUAUCCUGAAGCAGUACUCGACCGACCCUGUUGUCGAGGUGGCUGAGACGUGCCAGUUGGCUGUCUGUCGACUGGAGUGGCUGCAGCAAUGCAGUGGGAAGCCAGCAGCAGUAGGGCCCUACCUCUCAGUGGACCCGGCUCCUCCAGCCAAGGAGCAUGAUGUGGGGCGGCUGCGGGAAGCGCUGCUGGAUGAAGCCCUGCCACUCUUUGACCGAUACCGAGCCAUGUUUGCCCUGCGAGAUGCUGGUGGCAAGGAGGCUGCCCUGGCACUGGCUGAGGGCUUGCGCUGUGGCAGCGCCCUCUUUCGCCAUGAAAUUGGCUACGUUCUGGGUCAGCUGCAGCACGAGGCGGCUGUGCCCCAGCUGGCUGCGGCCCUGGCCCAGAGGACUGAGAGCCCCAUGGUGCGACAUGAGUGUGCGGAGGCCCUGGGAGCCAUAGCCAAGCCCACCUGCCUGGCUGCUCUGCGGGCCCACAUGGCCGACCCCGAGCGUGUGGUGCGGGAGAGCUGUGAGGUGGCCCUGGACAUGUACGAGUAUGAGAUGGGAUCGGCCUUCCAGUAUGCAGAUGGGCUGGAGCAGUUGCACUCGCCCCCCUCUUAGAGCUACCGCCAGCCUGGCCCUCUCCCCUAAGGACUCAGUAUAUAAACAGAAUUGUGUGAUUUGGAUCUUGCUUCCCUGGCUCCCUAAACCUGUUCACUUGGGCAGACCUCAGAUGCUUUCGCAUCUUGAGCCCCCCACUCCCGGGGCAGGCUGAGGUCUCCAUUGUCCCCUACUGAGGGGCCUAGCACAGGUGCAGUGCACCAGGUGGAAUAUCAGCAUGGGAGGAGGAUCUGGGUGCGGGGUGCUAUGCUCUGGGGAGGCUGGGUUGCCCAGCUUCUUCAGGAAUGAGGGUGUCUGGAUAAAGGCACUGUGGGGAAACCUGUGCCCAGUGGGCCUGGGCAGGGUCUGGGCCUCUAACUCCCACUCCAGGCCCUGGGUGGGCUGGGCUAGGGACUUGGAUCAAGUAACAGGCCCCAGGUCACUGCUUAAGUGGAAUAUUAAAUUAUUUUUGCCAAGCAAUCACUGUGUGUGUUGGGAGGCUGUGAGGCUUAAGCUGGCUGCUCACGGAACGUCUAAGUGUGUGUGGGGGGGGCUGCAGGGCAUUUGGAGAGCUCAGCUCAGCUCUGCGAUCUGCCCUGUGCCGGACAACAUGUGACCAAUGCGGGCCUGUGUCCCGCUUCAUCACCAUUCCUUGGCACAACGUCUAGUCAGUCCCCCACAUUUCUCCUGCUUUCUAUGGGUCAACAACAACCCUGAUGCAGGUGGAGGGGAUUCCAUGAGGGCACAGGUACCAAGAGGUAUGGUCCUUGGGCACAGCUACAGUGGUACCUUUGUUUUCUAAUGUAAUCCAUUCCGGAAGACCGAGUUCUGAAACGUUUGAAAAACCGAGGCAAAGUAGAAAGUAAUGCAAAAUGGAUUAAUUCGUCCUGGACCUUUAAAAUCAACCCCUAAAACAGCAAUUUAACAUAAAUCUUAACUAUCUAAUGAUACCACAGAUCCAUAAAAUGAUACACAAUGAAAAUGUAAUUUUUUCUUACCUGCAGUGAUGAUAGUCAUUGUUUGGAUGGGGGGAUCCCCUGCAAUAAUCACAAUAGGUGACUGUUCUUCAGGUGUUCUGUGGUCCUCUUCCAGAAUCACUGCAGGUGACUCCUCCCCUGCCAUUCCUUCCCUUGAUUUUUUUACACCAUUGACACCUGGUUCAGACUCACUGGAUCUUUUCCUUACUAAAAAUUUUUCAAGUGACAUUUGUUUUUUCUGAUGUUUUAAAAUUUGUCUAAAGUGAGACAGCAUUAUCAUUGAAAGUUUAGUGGCAUGAUGUACAGCAGCUUUAUCAGGGUGAUAAUUUUUCAACAAAAACCCAUUUUGCACACAUUUCUUUGAUCAGUGCAAUAGAAACACUUUCUCUUCCCUCCUCUGAAGACAGUUCCUCAAUUGCCACCUGUUGCUGCUCCAUCAAAAUGCUUUGAAGUUCUGUGGCACGUCCAGGCUUAUGCUCCACUAACUGCCACAUCAUCACUACUCACUCCCAAGCCCAUGGCCUUUCCCAGAGACACGAUAUCCUCAACAAAAGGAGCGUCCUCUUCAACAUCCUCAAAUACACGUUCAGGGACAGCUUCUGGCCAGUUUCUUCUAUGCUGAUUUCAUUGUUCCAUGCUUUGUCUAUGAGAUGUAAGCAAAGUAGGAUAUUGAAAUGAUUCUUCCAGAACUCUGUUAGCUCUGUGUCCAAGGUCAUCUCAAAGCACCUUUGGAACAGUGCUUUGGUAUAAAGCUGCUUAAAAUUAGAUAUGACCUGCUGGUGUAUGGGCUGGAUGAGUGGAGUCAUGUUGGGGGCGCAAAAACUUUAAUAAAACUGAACUCUUCCAUCAACUUGCCCUCCAAGCCUGGAGGGUGAACUGGAGCAUUACCCAUAACAAGCCGGCACUUCAUUGGAAGGUUUUUGUCUUGGAGGUAUUUUUUUACACUUGGCCCAAACACUUCAUGAACCGACUCAAUAAAAAAUUGCCUGGUUACCCAAACUUUGCUGUUUGCCCUA